CUUUUAUAAAAAUCUAAGCAUUCAUCAUUUUUUCCUCUUAAAUUUUUUUGUCAAACCAAAAUCCAAUAUAACCUUUCAAAAAGUUUGAAAACUUUCUUGUCCUGUUUUUUUGUUUCUUGAAAAAAUUUAUAUGGCUUCUUCAGGUGGAAAUAUGAACACUUUUAUGAAUGCUUUUAACAGCAACAACUAUUCUUUUUCAUCUUCCCAAUUCAUGACUUCUUCUUUUAGUGACCUUCUUUCUGAUAAUGAUAAUAAUAACAACAAGAAUUGGGGAUUUAGUGAUCAGAGAAUUAUGAAUAAUUCAAACAAAGAUGAGAUUCCAAAGUUUAAGUCAUUUCCACCAUCUUCUUUGCCAAUGAUAUCAUCUUCAUCACCAGCUUCUCCUUCUUCUUAUCUUGCCUUUCCUCCUUCUUUAAGUCCAUCUGUUCUUUUGGACUCACCAGUUAUGUUUAACAAUUCCAAUACUCUUGCAUCACCAACUACAGGGAGUUUUGGUAAUAUGAAUUCAAAGGAGGAUAACUCAAGGACUUGUGAUUUCUCUUUCCAAAGUAGGCCUGCGACUUCAUCAUCAAUGUUUCAGUCUUCUGCUCCAAGAAAGUCAUUGGAAGACUUAAUGAUAAGGCAGCAACAUACAAAUGAAUUCUCAGCAACAAAAUUAACUGGGGUGAAAUCAGAAGUGGCUCCAAUUCAAAUCUUCUCCCAAGAUAACAUGCAGAAUGAUCCUACUCCAGUGCAUUAUUGUCAACCAGCUCAAUAUGUUAGAGAACAAAAGGCAGAAGAUGGAUAUAAUUGGAGAAAAUAUGGGCAAAAACAAGUGAAAGGAAGCGAGAAUCCGCGAAGCUAUUAUAAGUGCACGUUUCCCAAUUGUCCUACGAAAAAGAAGGUCGAAAGAAAUUUGGAUGGACAUAUUACUGAGAUAGUUUAUAAGGGGAGCCAUAAUCAUCCAAAGCCUCAAUCCACCAGAAGAUCGUCUUCACAAUCGAUUCAAAACCUUGCUUACAACUCCAACUUGGAUAUAACAAAUCAGGCAAAUGCGUUUCAUGAAAAUGCUCAUAGAGAUUCCUUGGCCGUGGCAGACAAUUCUUCAGCUUCUUUUGGCGAAGAGGAUGUUGAUCAAGGUUCUCCUAUUAGUAAGUCAGGAGAAAAUGAUGAAAAUGAACCCGAGGCAAAGAGAUGGAAGGGUGACAAUGAAAACGAGGUCAUAUCAUCUGCAAGUAGAACAGUACGUGAACCUAGAAUUGUAGUUCAAACCACAAGUGACAUCGACAUUCUUGAUGAUGGUUAUAGAUGGAGAAAAUAUGGACAAAAAGUUGUCAAGGGCAAUCCAAACCCAAGGAGUUACUACAAAUGCACAUUUACUGGGUGUCCAGUUAGGAAGCAUGUGGAGCGAGCGUCUCAUGAUCUAAGAGCAGUUAUCACAACAUAUGAAGGAAAACACAACCACGAUGUUCCAGCAGCACGCGGUAGUGGGAGCUACGCUAUGAAUAAACCGCCAUCUGGCAACAACAACAACAACAACCAUAUGCCAAUAGUUUCAAGACCUUCAGUAUUGACUAGCCAUUCUAACCAGGGAAUGAAUUUUAAUGACACUUUUUUUAACAACACAACACAGAAUCAACCACCAAUCACCCUGCAGAUGCUACAGAGCUCUGAAAGUACUUCAAGUUAUUCAGGAUUUGGAACGUCAUCGGGAUCUUACAUGAACCAAAUGCAGCACAUGAACAAGCCGAUAAGCAAAGAAGAACCUAAAGAUGAUUUAUUCUUCAACUCUUUUCUUAACUGAAAUUUCUUUAUACCAAAAUGCCAAAAAAGAUAGAGAUUUCUUUCUCAAGUCACUGUAUUCAUUGUAACUUAUGAUGGUUUUUGUCUAGAUUACCUAGUUAGGUUUUAUGAUCCUAAUAAGAGUUAGUCCAUUAUUUUAUUUGUUUUUAGCCUGGAUCUAGAUUGCUUAGCAGCUGUAAUCCCACAUUAAGAUUUUUUUGUAUACUUGAAAGUUGAUAUACUUUUUUUGUGGAAAAUUGAAUUUUCAUUCUUUAGAAGUUGCCA